AUGCGCUUCGGUGUGAUGAAAGAGCAUCGUUCUGUCACCGGAGAAGUCACAGCCUUCGAUGGAUCAAUUCUGUACCUCUCCAUCAGACUGGAAGAGGUGUGGCCCGGCUACUCCUCCUGUGUCAAGCGCACAGACGGGGGCCUCUUCCUGACUGUCGACGUUUCCCACAAAGUGCUCCAAAAAGACUCCGUGCUGGAUGUCAUGUUUCUCAGCAAAAACUAUGGGAUUACCAUCAAGGAUCUUGAUCAGCCUCUUCUUGUCCAUCGCCCUAAAGAGAGAUCGAGACCAGGAGAAAAGGUUCUGACUGGCGAGAUGCUGUUGCUUCCCGAGCUGUCCUUCAUAACGGGGAUCCCAGACAAGAUGAGGAAGGAUUUCCGCGCCAUGAAGGAUUUGACCAUGCAUAUCAAUGUGAGCGGGGAGCAGCACACAAACUCUUUGAAAGAGCUCCUGAGAAACAUCAACACCAGCGAAGAUGCCUUGACUGAGCUUGGCCGCUGGGGUCUGGUCAUCAGCUCCGAGAUCCUGCUGUGUGAAGGAAGGACCCUUCCGCUUGAGACGAUUAGCUUGCAGUCUGCUUCGUUCGUGACCUCUGCUGAUGUCCAGUGGUCCAAGGAAGUUGUGAGGGAUGCAUCUAUUAGCUGUGUAAGCAUUAUUUUCUGGGCCAUCUUCUACCCGUGCCGCUGCUCGGAGCAGGCUGAGGAGCUGGUGGCCACCUUCGGGAAAGUGUCCGAGCUGAUGGGCAUGAGGCUUGACCGGCCAAUCGCGUGGAGCUACGGGAUGGAGCUACGGGAUGACCACACCGAGACCUACAUGAAGAGCAUCCACUCGCAGCUCACCAGCGAGCCGAAUGCGCAGCUGGUUGUGUGUAUUAUCACGGGCAAUAGGGACGACCUGUACGGUGCCAAUAAGAAGCUUUGCAGUGUUCAGUCUCCAGUGCCUUCACAGGCCAUAAACGUCAGGACCAUCUCGCAGCCUCAGAAGCUCCGGAGCAUAGCCCAGAAGAUCCUGUUACAGAUAAAUGCAAAGCUUGGAGGGGAGCUCUGGACUGUAAACAUUCCCUUGAAACAGCUGAUGGUGAUCGGAGUAGAUGUGCAUCAUGACCCACGCAGAGGGAACAGAUCGAUCUUGGGCUUUGUUGCCAGUCUGAACGGCACACUGACGAGGUGGUAUUCCAGAGCGGUGUUCCAGAUGCCCAAUGAAGAGAUUAUCAACGGGUACAGGAUCUGCCUGCUAGCUUCUUUGCAGAAGUAUUUUGAGGUUAACCACAACCUGCCCGAGAAGAUCGUGGUAUACCGGGACGGUGUGUCGGAUGGGCAGCUGAAAGACGUAUAGGACUUCGAGAUCCCCCAGCUGCUCAAGUGCUUCGAGACCUUCCCGCGGUACGAGCCCAAGAUGGCGUUCAUUGUGGUGCAGAAACGAAUCAGCACCACCCUCUACUCUUGCAGUGGAGAACGAUUUGGAACCCAACAAGGAGUGGUAAUGACAUAUUUUGUAUUUGUAUUUUUGUUCUUGACCUUUAAGAUGUGCCACAUGUACUGGAACUCGUCCGGGACCAUCAGAGUACCAGCGCCGUGCAAAUACGCCCACAAACUGGCCUUCCUGUCCGGGCAGGUCCUGGACACCGAGCCAGCCAUACAGCUGUCCGACAAGCUGCAUUUCCUGUGA